CUAUCAUCAGCAGUCUGCUGUGCUUCAGAUUCAAAGGUGAAAGGUAACCCCGCAACUCGCACGUGAUAACGCGCCUUGCCCAAUCCCUUAGCGCCAUCCCCACUUUCCCAGUCAGCCAACUCGCAGCGACUUGUAUCUUCUUGCCUCACAUUGCCUACUCUUUCCCCUUACUUUGCGCGACUUUGGAGCCUAUCGCCCCCACGUCUUGUGGGCCAGCCUUUCGAGGCACAACCGUCGUUCAAGAUGGACAUCUUUAUUCCGAAAGUUCCCAAAGACGCCAAUCACGUCCUCCUACACUUCACGCUCCAGGAAGCUCUCCACAGCGUUGACGUGUUUGCAUUCGACGUUCGAAAGUUCUCCGGUCAAUAUAAUGAUUUCGCCAUUCUCACUAUACCGAGUAUUAGCAGUGGAAAUCGCUUUCUGGAGAUACGCGGUAGUCAGGGCCGACGCCAGGCGCUGCAACCUCUUUAUUUCGGAAAGCAGCCACUCGACUUUCGCCAGAGUAACAAGCGACGGGAAGAUCCGCUCCAACUCAAGUCACUUAAAGAGAAGCAAGAGACAGAAGAGGCCAAAAGAUUCAAAGGUCCGGCGCCUAUCGCGAAACUCCAGCGUCCGGGAGGGUCGACGCUGUCUUUUCGUACCCUGAUGACAGGCGUUUGGGAUUACGAUCACCUGGGCAACCUCGUCUUUGACCAGAAGCUCAAGGAUAGAAGGCAAGGUUACAUCACAUUCGGCAAAAAUGCUUUAGUGAUAUAUCUCCGGGCAGAAACUGCCGAAGCUUUCAACUGGCAUUGCAGAAUUGACAUUGAUUAUGCCACUGUAGAGCACAUCAUUCCGUCUCGCGGCAAUGGCCAACACGGAACGAUAACAUUCACCCUCAAGUCUCCACCGAAAUUUUACGACAUUCAGUCAACCAAUGAUCUACACUUGUAUGCUGGUGAGCAAGCACCGAACGACAUCUCUGUCGCAUUGUCGAGACUCGGCAUUAAGCCGCCCAAAUCAGUGCUUCGGCUACAGAGACUAUGCAAGUUGAGUAAAUCGCACGACAUGAACUCCGCUUUGUGUAUGGUCUACAAGAUCGCCUUCCCCGACACCCGAAGCGUUGAUCUCGCUUGGACCUUUGUUAAACCCUUCUUCGCGGAACCCAACACAAAAUGGUGGAAGACCAUGGAGCCCGCCAUUUUGACGGGCAGCAUUGAACACGAGUAUGCAGUCGUCAACAACAUGCUUAGCGACUAUGGACCAUCCUUCCCGCAGGCCUUCACGUUCAAUAUCCGUUACCAACUAACGGCGCUCAUGCUAGAGGGUACAAUUGCUCCGUGGAAGAUGAAGGAAUUGAUACCAGUAGUACAAAAGGCUGCUGAGAAGUACGGUGCAGAACUCACCGCAAACGCAGUUCGUCUCCUUGGGAAGCGGAUACCAACGCCUACACCGGGGGUUAAGGCAACAGAUCCUACUUCAAACGCAAUCAGUCGCCGGGGAAAGCGAUUACCGACGCCUGCACCAGCUGUUGAAGCGAAAAGCUUUAUGAUCCAAACCAUCAAGCGCAUUCUUGAUGAAAGUAUCGAAUGCUGUCAACGUCUUGAAGAGCUUUCUCGGACCUGGGACGCCAAACAGAAGAAGCAAAAUCAUCUCGCCUUAACAUACAAGGCUACAGUCACACCUACCGGUAUCUUGCUGCGCGGCCCUGACUGGGUCGUCUCCAAUCGGAUAUUGAGGAAGUACAACACCCAUACCGAGUUCUUCAUGCGCGUGUUCUUCGCAGAUGAGGACGAGCUACCGGUAUUCCAUGACCCACGGGCAUCCCAAGAGAGAGUCUACGAACGCUUUGGAGGCGUACUUCGAACCGGUAUAACGGUCGCCGGGCAUACAUUUCAAUUUCUCGGCUUUUCACAUGCAUCACUCCGUACUCAUGAAGCUUGGUUCAUGGCUCCUUUCAAGAAAGAUGGCAUUGUCGUCUGUGCAAGAGAUGUCAUUCGCGAUUUGGGUGACUUUUCCCACAUUCGUUGCGCCGCAAAAUGCGCGGCAAGGAUAGGGCAGGCGUUCUCCGAUACAACAUUCUCGGUGCCAAUCUCGAAAACCGCUUAUGUAAACGAAAUGAAGGACGACGUCACGAGAAACAACCGCACAUUCAGUGACGGCUGCGGAACCUUGUCAUUGAACCUCUUCCAAGAUGUUUGGAACGCUUUCCAGCCGGACCGUAGAGCACUGAGGCCGACGGUGCUUCAAGUCCGGUUCAGAGGUGCGAAGGGCGUACUAUCACUCGAUACGACGUUGCAAGGUGAGCAAUUGCACGCCCGAAAGAGUAUGACUAAGUACGUCGCCAAAGAAGAGUGGAGGGAUUUGGAAAUCUGUGGAGCUGCCUACAAGCCUCUCAGAGUAUAUCUGAACCACCAGUUCAUCAAGAUCCUUGAGGAUUUACGUAUACCUGCGGAAAACUUCAAGGCGGUCCAGGAUGAAGCUGUCGCAGAACUGAAACUCAUGACGGAGCAUCCUCUGAAUGCAGCCAGCCUUCUCGAAUACUCUCACUCGGGUGAUCUCGCGAGAGUCCCUUCACUGUUUCGGCGAAUGAAUGAGAUGGGUUUAUCUUUCCACGCGGACAACUUCCUUACCGACAUUGUGGAAGUGGCAGCUAUGUCAAGCCUGAGAGAUAUAAAAUACCGCGCACGUAUUCCAAUCGAGAAAGGCUGCCUCCUUUAUGGCAUCAUGGACGAAUGGAAUGUUCUGAAAGAGGGCGAGGUCUAUAUUCCGCUACAAGAUUACGAUACGAACGACAAACUGAAGAGAACGAUACUCGUUGGCGAGCGAAUAGUCAUCACGAGAGCCCCCGCGCUACACCCAGGUGAUGUUCAGGUCGUCAAAGCAGUCGAUGUUCCAGAAGGUUCAGCCCUCAGGGCACUGCACAAUUGCGUCGUAUUCUCACAGCAAGGUCCGCGGGAUCUACCUUCGAAGCUUAGUGGCGGUGAUCUUGAUGGAGACCUAUUUCACAUCAUCCACGACACUCGACUAAUUCCGAGCAUCGUUUAUCCACCCGCCGACUAUCCAACAACGCCUGCAAAGGACUUGGGGCAGCCAGUAACUGCCGACGACAUUGUUGACUUCUUUAUCGAAUACAUGAAUAUGGAUCGAUUGGGACAGAUUUCGAAUAAACAUAAGAUUCGCGCUGAUAAGGCUCCUGCUGGCACUGUCGAUCGAGAGUGCCUGCUUCUCGCCAAGCUCGCGUCCGAUGCUGUCGACUUUGGCAAAUCUGGGAUUCCUGCCAACAUGACUGAGAUACCGCGAGCGUCUGAUCAUAUCCGCCCUGAUUUCAUGGCCCCAGGAUCGAACCUUUUUGUCAAUGAAUUGGGCGCAGCUGAGCUCGAGGAGCUUGAGGGCGACGAGCUCGACGAGGUGAGUGUGCUGAAUGCCGAGAAACCAAGGAGUUCAUACUACACAAGCACAAAGAUCCUAGGAGUUCUAUAUCGGCGUAUCGACGAGAAGACAUUCUUCGACAAGAUGAAAAACGCCUACAGAACGUCUCACCAUCGCCGGGGUGAUGAAACGUUGGUACAGAAGCUCAAGCGAUAUGUGAUCCGAGAGACCCGUGGAGUCCAAUGGGAACAUCAUUGGGAUUUCGCGGAACAACUCCGCGAAGCAUAUGAAGAGAACAUGUUCGAAAUCAUGGACACACACCGUCCGUCUCGAGGCCAACGUCUUACCGAGCUUGAGGUGUUCAGCGGUAACAUUCUUGGCAAGAAAGAUCGUGCACCAUCCCGCUACGUCCGCGAGGCCAAUCUCGAGGUUCAGGAACGCUUCAAUCGCGAUGUCAGCGACAUGAUCAAGAACAUAGUAAUGGGCAAUGGAGAUUGGGAUGGCGAUGCGGAUUCGGAGGCGUUGCCGCGCUCCAUUGCGUGCUUCAUGGUCGCGCUGGAAACGGAUGGUUGGGAGAACUAUCGCACGCUGCGAAGCUGGAAGUACGUCGCUGCUGCGGUGUGCUUGGAACAGUUGUGGAAGUACAACAACGGCUACUUGCGCCGACUUUGAGUAGUGGCAUAGUGCUACGUUUUGUAGCGGCCCUCCAUCGGAGAGGUGCCUGGUUAUUACGACUUCAUGAUAAUACCGCGCAGGAUAUGCGCUGAAUAUAUGGUAUCUCCAAUAGUUUGAGCCCAGUGAGAUAUGCGACGUGAUGCAUAUCUCUUUGGAGAGACAUCCGACACUUUGAGGGGGCACCGCGACAGCCCUUGCGCGCAAACUGUGCCCAAAAGCCUAAGCGAAUCAGCGGUUUCGUAGGCACAGAAGCGGUUAAAGGGGCAAUCUUUGCCUCUCGCGUUAGAAAAAAUCGGACCAAAUAUUUAA